AAAAUCAGUUCAAUUUUGAACAUCUCGCGAGUUGGAACGCAAAUUUUCUGCUUUUACACAUACUCAACUACUACUACCUACAUAUAAAUUUUUUUUUUUUGCUAGUACAUACAAAUGUAUGACCGGUCAUUUGUUAAAUUUUUUAUAUUUAGUUUAAAAGUGUUGUUUUUUUAAUUAAUAUAAUAAUUUAUAUUAUUGUAAGCGCAUAAUUGAAGUGCGUAAAACACGCGUGUCGUCGGCCGUGUGCGAAAUUUAAAUAAAAAAAAGUUAUCCCUGUGCGGAAAAAAGACAAUCCCUUUUUUGUUAUUGUUUCUGUUUUGAAGCAAAAAACGUUUGAAUGGUGGUUAUAAAAAGCUCCGAUAAUCCAAAUACAAUACUGAAUUUACCAAGAAAGCGAAAUUUCUUACAAGACUUAUUAAAGAGUGACUUUACGGUUCAUAACGAAUUGAAUUUGGCUGAUAAGCACAUAAUUUGUGAUCUACAACUUUGUGAAGACUGCAUAAAAAUGGCCGCUUUACCACAGGGUGCCUUUGCCGCAUGCAAAUUGCGUGAAAUGAACGAUAGAGAUUUACUGAUUGCACGCGUGAAGAGCAACGCCGAUAAAAAUGAAGCCAAAAAUAUGAAUACAAAUAAAAAAUUGACUGAAUAUACACCGGCAAAGUAUAAUGAUAAGUUGAUGAAUUCCAUUUGGGGUUUCUACAAUCGUUACUCUCCUCACAAUAUAAAAGGCAAUGAAUACGAAUUUUCGGACAAAGAUUAUAUAAUGCAACAGCACAUUGCUGUUGCAUCCUAUGCCAUUGCUGAAGAAUUAGCAAUGGGCCUACGUUCCGGCAAGGAAUGGGACUUAUGUGAGAAGUAAAACAAUAUUUGUUAAUAAUAUUGGCCGAAAACUGGCGUAAAACUGUUUUUUAUAUACAUUUAUAUUUUCAAUGAAUUUGAAACCAAAAUUUAUGCAUAUAUACUCUUUUAUUGUUUAUAUUUACUAAUUUUUUUUUUAAUACUAGUAACUGCAC